AUGGCUUUCCAGUCUCACGUUCUGGAAAAUGGCCAGUGGGUCACCAGGGAUAGCAACCUGGUCGACCUCCUCAACAAGACGAGCACCACCAGAGGGUCCCCAAGACAAGUUCGACGUGCACCGCGUUGUGGUAUUAUGACAAGAACUGUCGUCCAGAGCCCGGUGGCACACUGGGUCCUGUCUGUUCGGCUGCGAUCUUCCCAGCACAACGAUGUGGCCUUUGUAGGAGACCACUACGUGCAGAUAGCAGAGCUCAGACGAGACGGCCAGCUGCACAACAUCAGCAGGAAGUGUGAUUUUGGCUCACGUAUUCGAAAUGCCAAUGUCAUCGGCUCCAGUCCCGUUGUGGUCAACGGCGAGAAGUACGCCACGGCUGGCUUUCACCCAGAUGCUGCCGACGACGACCUGGGCGACAUCGAGCCCUACCUCUCCUCGCCCACCUCACCAGCACUAGGCGCAUCAACGCUGCCACCCCAGCUGCUCCUGGUCGUGCUGGAGACGGGCGACUGCGUCUUCCUUUUUCUUCGCCCGGGGGAUGAGCCUGGGUCCUUCGACUUUGUUGCUUUGCAGGAGCAUGUCCACAGUUCACGCCUCGUCCGGCCGGGCUUCCACCUGGCCGUAGAUCCUAGCUCGAGAUUUGCUGUCCAGGCCUGCGCCAGGAACAUGUUCAUCGUUCAUGAGCUGAACUCAGUACGUCGUCUGAACGACUCUUAUACGAGGGGUUUGCCCCUGAAACCUAUCCUGUCCUCUCGCCCAAGGACCGUCAACGGUGUCAUACAUGCGGUCGAGUUUCUCUACCCUCGGUCCCAGGAUCCUCAACACAUUAUCCUAUUGCUUAUCGUGGUGAAGGAUGGCGUCUCCCGUAUGAUCACCUACGACUGGAUGCUGGGGGAUGACCUGAGGGAGGUAUUUGCUCGGGAAAAGAACGGCCACGCUCUCCCUCCACAGCACGAGAUGCCUCUGAUGAUCAUACCGCUCACUGUUCGGUCUGCCUUCUUCGCGGUAUCGGAGGGUGAGGUUGCCUACUGUGCGGAUGCCCUCCAGGGCUCUCCCUCGUUCGAACCCUGUGACAUCAAUCGCUUUCCCCCUUCUGAGUUUUACACAGCAGAUGACCCACCGCUCUGGACCGCAUGGUCUCGCCCUCCACGGCUAUACCCAUACCAUCGAGACAGAGAUUUCAUCUACAUGGCAAGAGAAGAUGGCGUUGUGAUCUACCUAGAAUGUGACUCGGAUGAUAUACUAGGUGCCUCUUUUUACCAUGGAACUUUCUGUAGCGUGUCGACGGCAUUCGCAAGUCUUGCCGAUGAGUUCCAUGACGGCGAGGCGUUGGUCAAUGGCGAGACUCUGGUGUUUGGGGGAGAUUCUGGACAGGGAGGGGUUUGGAGGGCAAGUUCUCCAGCGAAGAUGUCACCACAACUUGAACAGAUCGUUAACAAUUGCCAGGCAUCCCCUCGGAAAGUCAUCACCAAGCUGUGCCGUAUCCCGAACUGGGCGCCUGCUGUUGACUUCGUCACCACAGCAGAGUCGAGCCGCUGGGACAGCAGCGAUGGUGUUGGCGGCACGUCCAUUCGAGGUCAGAGGCAGGACGGGCAGGACAGGUCUUCUCUCGAAGGCAUUGCGGACUCCGUAUACGCUGCCGCAGGGAGAGCCAAAGAUAGCUCGAUCGUGGAAUUCCGCUACGGUCUGCAGGCCAACAUUGGUAUAGAACUCGAUCUCGGCACUCUCAUCAGGCGGUGCUUCAUGUUCCAGGACAACGCCUUAGAUCUUGACUCCGGUUAUCAUCUCCUCUUAUCAGUGGCUGGCAGGUCUGCUCUGCUUUCGUUUGACUCGAGAUUUACCGCCACAUCUGUACGUGAUGUGGAUCAGGACCAGGUCUUCUUUGAUCUGUCCUCGCCCACACUCUUGGCAGCUCGUGUGGACGACGAGACCAUCCUUCAGGUUACAGAGAAAGGUUCUGAAUUCGCGUCUCUGUCCACUCGUCUCUCUCGGUUUCUGUUCCCGUCACUGGGCCUUGGCAAUGCGAAUGUCUCAGACGCCACCCUGGAAGGAGAUGUUCUGGCUGUCAUUUCGCAUACAGGCAGCAGCUUCCAGCUCCAUACUAUCAAGUUGAAUGCUCGAGAUCUUCAAGCCCAACAUCAUUACACCACAGAUUUUCCCGAGGCUGAGGUCACGUCCUUCUCGUUGUGUACGCUCUCAGGCCAGAUAUAUGCCGCCGCCUGUUUGUGCUUGGAUAAAGCCGUCCACCUGGAAUUUUACAGCAUCACAGGCCAAAAACGCAUUGGAACCGUUUCCUUGGAAGAGUGUGAGUUUGCCACUGAACCUCCCACAAGCCUUGUGUUCGUCUUCGAAAAGACUGCCGGGAAAGCCGUCUUGGUUGCUGGCAGCCGCGACGGUCUUGUCGCAACGGUCGGCAUCUCUACUUUCGAGCCUUUGCAGACAGGAGCCGUAUCUCUCUCUCGGAUGGGUUCCAUGCCUGUUCACGUCUAUUCAGGCCGCAAAGCCGGCGAGGUUUUCCUCUGUUGUGAUUCACGCCUCGUGCUGGCCAGCAACUUUCUUGAGGGUCACGGCUUCACACUGAAGCAAAGCGUUUGGACAGUUGAUGCAGAAGACAGCAGCAAGCCAUCUCCGGCGAUUACAUCCGUGACAGUCCUACCGAACAGCUUGUCUGGGAACGAAGCCAAUACCCCGCUCCUCCUCCUUGCGACUGAUCACGUCUUGCUAGCCGAGCUACAAUCUCAGGCGGGUCCUGUCCAGCGUCAUCUGCCAUUAGGGUCAACGCCUCACAAAGUCUUAUACUCCCACGUCCUAAAGUGUCUCGUUGUUGGCACUCAGACGAUCCGUGAACAGACGACUUUGAUGUUCAUCGAUCCCGAAACCGGGCAAGAUUUGGGGGUUUCGGCAAAUGGCCAGACGAAACAUGAAGUUCCAUUCAUCUCUGGCCUGGGAGUGUCGGGAGACAGAAUCCUUAGUCUUGAAGAAUGGCAUGUCAGAUCAGACUAUGGGCACGACCAUUACUACCUCCUCGUCUCCACACGCGGGCACCAAAAUGGAGGCAAGAUUAUCAUAGUGUCAGCCGUCCAAGAGAAACCGGAACCCGGACAGAAGCGAGGCAAGAUCCGCUUCUGGACACGGUACAAGCUCAAACGGUCAGAAGGAGAUCCUCCUGGGCCUAUUUCUGCGGUCACCACGAGUGGUCACAAAAUUCAGUCGAGCAUGGGAGCAUUGAUCCUCUAUCACGAACUCGACGAGGGACAGAAAAAGAUCACACAAGCGCCGAGCCAGGAAAUUGGCGGGCCUGCAUGGAAAUUGUCCAUACUGCCUGGUGGGUCGCGAACACUGGCCUUGAUCAAAGGCGAUUCGUUGCGUGUUCUGGAGAAGAAUGAUGAUGAUCAGGAGCCCACGAUGACCCACAUGGACGGGACCACACGAUCAGUUAUGGACAUGCUCGAAGUGGCGGGUGCCUGGGACGAGGCGCUGUCCACACCGAUCGUAUCCGACCCGCCACAGUCCAUCGUACUGGUCUCGGACCAGAACUGCAACGUGACAGGCCUCUGGAUCCCCUGGGACAACCCGGGUCAAGACUGCGAGGUUCUCUUCGAGACAGACCUACCCUCAUCUGUGCGCCGGCUUCGUCUUGGGCGCGUACUACCCACGUGGUCGCGUGAGAGGCGUAGGGAGAGGAAAUUCGGUCUGUUACCGGCCUCGGUCGACGGUUCCGAAAUUCUCGGGAUGGGUAUCGACGGUUCCAUGCAACACUUCACGCUGUUAGAUCUCAGUGUAUGGAGGCUCCUGCGUUUUGUGCAAAACAUCUCCGAGACCUCACCCGAGCUGUAUCCGUUCACGUAUUUGCCUCUGGAGGACAUGGGCAUGGAUGAGGACGAUACGGACGCCUUCGACCCAACGCCUGUGGUGGACCGAGGUCUGGAGAUGCAGGUCGAUGGGGACCUGAUGCAGCGCUGUCUGGAGAAGCGGGCACUCGAAGGACUGAUGACAAAGAGAGAGGAGUGGAUGGGUAUGUUUGUGGAGUACCUAGACAGGCUAGACAACGGGCGGUGGACGAAGGAUUUCUCAGGAGACGAAGACAAUGAUAUAGGGAUGGAUGGAGAUGGGUUGAGGAGGAGAUACUUUGAUUUGGCAUACGACAUUCUGGAGUAUUUCCUUGUGCCGGUCUUAUGA